CUGGACGGUAUUGUGCAUACAUUUAGAUACUUCUGCAUUGUGAGGUAGGACGCCCAGAGAGGAGGAACUCUGUAGUGAAUUAGGAAGAUCGGCACCAGAGUUGGAACAACGUAUAUACAGAUUUACUGACGCAAGAUGCAGUUUUACGUACCGGUUCUUUUCCUGGUCCUCACUGUCCUCUGUCGCCCGACAGUUUCUGAUCACGACAGCGGUGAGAUAGAUUUCGAGGACAGCGACACCAGUUUCUACAACCCGUAUGAACACUACAGCCAAAGUAAAUUGACCGGUGGUCAGAUGGGUGGUAGGACGAUAAGCCCGAGUAGUGGUCAGUUCGUGGGUCAGUCUGAUGAUAAAGAAGAUGUUCAAUAUGUCUACGUCAGUCCGUCCGGUGGUCAAAUGAUUGGUCAGAAUACUGGCCAAUUUAAUAGUCAAACUUUAGGUAGCCCAGGGGGUCAGAUAGUAAAUAAGCAAGACGAUUUAGAUGACCAGUUCGUAACUAUUGUCCAGCCAAAUGGUCAAACGGGAUGGCAAGUUAAGGGCAAUACAGGGAAAACGGUAUAUACACCAUCAGGGUUAUUUACUAACCAGGACGGUAAUCAGUUUGUCACUCAAACUGGUGGUCAAUUACAAAGUCAGUCUGCUGGUCAGUUUGGAGUCCAGAACGUCCAGAACGUCCAGGCCUUUACUCAUCCUGCUAAUAUGGCCGUAGCGAUGGACAGUGACCAGUAUGUACCGACAGGUCACAUGGCCAGUCAGCAUGCCAGUAGAAGUGUCAUUCAGGCCACUAGUUUAAAAUCUGGACACCCACAAAGCCAAUCAGUUGGCGGUUUGGGUGGUAAGACUGCUGAUGACCAAUAUGUAUUUGUUGGUCAACAGACUGGUCAGAAUAUAGGUGUUUUCAAUGGCAAACCGACUGGUCAGAAUACUAUAUCUUAUACUGUUCAAACAAGUGGCCAGUCAAACGAUAAAAAUGACGUAAACGAUGACAGAUAUUUACCGGUUGGUUUGUUGGGUGGUCAAGCUGGCCUUGCUAAUGGUCAGCCAGUAAGUCAGAAUACUGUGUCAUACACAAUUCAGUCAACUAGUCCGUCAAAAGAUAGAAAUGUCUAUAAUGGCGAAAAAUACGUCACUGUUGACCAGUUGAAUCUUAUGAAUGGGCGGUCUGCUGGUCAAAAUAAUGUGCCACAUUCAAUUCAGUCAGCCGGUCUGUCAAACGAUCAAAACGACAAGAGCGAUGACAAUUAUUUAACUGCUGGUAAUGUAGGUGGUCAAGCGGGUCUUUUCAAUGGUCAGUUUUCAGGUCAGUUCGCUAGUUCAAAUGUUAUGCCGUAUACCAUUCAGACAAACGGUCAGACAAUGGAUAAAACGGACAAGAAUGAUGACAAUUAUUUAACUGCUGGUAAUGUAGGUGGUCAAGCGGGUCUUUUCAAUGGUCAGUUGAAUGGUCCGUUUGCUAGUCCAAAUGCUGUUCCGUAUACCAUUCAGACAAACGGUCAGACAAUGGAUAAAACCGACAAGAAUGAUGACAAUUAUCUUACUGCUAGUAAUGUAGGUGGUCAAGCGGGUCUUUUCAAUGGUCAGUUAAAUGGUCCGUUUGCUAGUCCAAAUGCUGUUCCGUACACCAUUCAGACAAACGGUCAGACAAUGGAUAAAACCGACAAGAAUGAUGACAAUUAUCUUACUGCUAGUAAUGUAGGUGGUCAAGCGGGUCUUUUCAAUGGUCAGUUAAAUGGUCCGUUUGCUAGUCCAAAUGCUGUUCCGUACACCAUUCAGACAAACGGUCAGACAAUGGAUAAAACCGACAAGAAUGAUGACAAUUAUCUUACUGCUAGUAAUGUAGGUGGUCAAGCGGGUCUUUUCAAUGGUCAGUUAAAUGGUCAGUUUGCUAGUCCAAAUGUUGUGCAUACCAUUCAGACAAACGGCCAGACAAUGGCUAAAACGGACAAGAACGAUGACAAUUACUUGAUUGCUAGUAAUGUAGGUGGUCAAGCAGGUCUUUUCAAUGGUCAGUUGAAUGGCCAGUUUGCUAGUCCAAAUGUUGUUCCGCAUGCAAUUCAAACAAACGGUCAGUCCAGUAGCAAAGUCGACCAGAAUGAUGACAACUACUUAAUUGCUUCUAAUGUAGGAAGUCAAACUGGUGUUUUCAAUGGUCAGUUUUCCGGACAGAAUGUAGUGCCGUAUACCAUUCAAACAUCAGGUCAAUCUGACGACAUAAAUGAUGACCGCUUUGUAUUUACCGGUCAAUCUUUUACACAAACAUCAGGUAAUCCCGUUAUAUCUAUAAAUAGUGACGAUGACGACGAUGACGACGAUGAUGAUGACGAUUUCGUACGAUUUGGUCAGUUAGGGGGACAGGUAGGUGGUCAGUUUUCUGGUCCAUUAAUUUCUCGGGGAGGUGGGAAUCUACUUCCACAACAAAGCAUUGUUCCUGCAACUGUGCAUAUUAGCGGAAGUAGCGGACAAAAUGUUGUGCAGACGGUUGGUCAAAAUCACCGGCACAUUGUUGACCAACCUGUUGUUCAAUCGGUGAUACAAACAUCUGGUCAGUUUGUAUCUGGAGGCCGCGACAACUACCCUGUUAAGCCUGGUAGACUUUCUAUUGGUCAGUAUUCUGGACAACGAGAUGACCAUCCGGAUUCAAUGACCACAUUCCCAACGCCUAGUUAUCAGGAGAAAGACGUUGAUGCCGGAGGAAUGUGUGACAACUACAAGACAAAGGGUGGCUGGGCAUACCGACCAAUCUAUGGCUCGUGUAACCAAUACCUCCAAUGUAACAGCGAUCACAUGGCUUCGCUUCUGACAUGCGCAGCCGGAACCUUCUAUGACGGCACAUCCUGUCGGCAUUCAGCGGAAGUCUUCUGUCCAUACGAUCCGUGCCAGGCACGUGAACCAGGAUUUAAGUACACGGACGGCCAGAGUUGCUAUGGUUACUAUAAAUGCGUGAAUGGCAAGUCUCGUUAUCACACGUGUCCGGACGGCUUCUAUUUCAACUCUCACAAACAGAUCUGCAUCUCGGACGAUACCUGCCAGAAAAACAACCUCAUCCACCCAUGCUCCUAUGGUACAACCUACCCAUUCCCUGGACGUCCCGAGAUGUUCUACCUUUACGAUGGCAGGGAGGUCUUCUACCCCAUGAAAUGUCCCAGGGGAUUAUGGUAUCGCCCAGAUAUCUGUACCUGUGAUUGGAUAGUCCCAGGCAUCAGCAGUCACGAAGGAUGCAAACCGAUGUACCAUUUCCAGUACAAUGGAAACUUUCUUGAAGCUUACAACAGGAUCCAACAGGUACCUAACACCGGGGUUGCUAUCUACCGGAAGUCAGCACUCUUUAGCGAAGGAGGACAAAUAAUGGUAUGGGCCAUGAAUAAUAUGAAUCUGGACAAGGAGUUCGCGUUCUGCUUCGAGUUUAUGGCAAAGGUCUACAACGGAGAAGUGGCGCUGCUGUCUAAUGGCUACAAGGACCAUGAUUUCACGUACAAGAUCACCUACAUGCCAGCCCAGGCACUUGUCAAAGCCUAUAUUGAAUUAGAUGAUGGUACCACGGCGCAUCUUGUCGUCAAUGGCGUGAUCCCCCUCAAACCUCAUUUUGUUCGUCUGGCUAAGUAUGGCAGUAAGAUCAAGCUUCGUAUCGACAACCUCAAGGCGACCAGGGUGAAGACACAUGCCAACGUACAGACCUCUAAUAGUCCUCUAGUAAUAGGAGCCGCCAACGGCUGUAAAGGAUUUGUCGGUCACUUCGACGAGUUCAAGUUCUUUAAGUGCGUACCAAAUGACUUCUUCAAUGACUAUGCUGAAAAGAAGAAAUGAAUAUCAUCAAGCUUUGGCUAGACAUUGAUUUUUUUCUGCUUGAAAUUGUGCCUAUGUCUACAAACGGCGACGUUAAUACACGUCCGGACACAAACGGACAAUAGGGUACUUAAACGCACGGGUCGUUCACCAACAAUUAUAGCCAGUUUCUGAGAGGCUUCAAAUUGGGCGCCGACCUUGUAUUUAUUCAUUUGACCUUCAUUCGAUGUAUUAAGAUUGAUGUAAAGUAUUGACUUAAAUCACGAACUAUUUUUGUUAUGUAAUGUAUAAAGUCCGAUUUAUGUAUCUAUAAUAAGCCAUGUUAAGUUUCUGUGCAGCAUGUUAGUUUUCCUAUUUUUUGCCAAAGAAACAUUUAAAAUUAUUAUUGGCAGAAUUUGCUGGUACAUGCUGAUAAUCAUGUAAGUCAUUUUAUAUUCAAUAACAUAAUAGACAAAAAAAAUGGAAAUGAGUAUACUUUUAUUCAUAGGGAUUUUACCAAUCACAUUAUCAUGUUAAAAUAUACUUUGUACGUAUAUCACUUUAAAUAUGUUAAUUUAUAUAAAUGUAUGUGUAGGUUUAGGACUGUGUCUCACGAAAUGAGAGAGAGAGAGAGAGAGAGAGGGAGAGAGAGAGAGAGAGAGAGAGAGAGAUGUUUACAUUUAUUUGUAUGUUGAAGUAUAUUAAAUAUUGUCUUUUUUCCAUGAUGCAAUAAAAUUUCCAAUUCA